AUGGCCAACCCUCCCCACGGCGGUAUCCUCAAGGACCUCGUUGCCCGCGACGAGCCCCUCCGCGAGACUCUCAAGGCCGAGGCGCACACUCUUCCCGAUGUUGUCCUCACCGACCGCCAACUGUGCGAUCUCGAGUUGGUCAUGAACGGCGGCUUCUCUCCCCUCGAGGGCUUCAUGAACGAGGCGGACUACAACGGUGUCGUUGACAACCUCCGCCUCGCCGACGGCGCUCUCUUCCCCAUGCCCAUCACCCUCGAUCUCUCGCGCGAGACCAUCGACCGUCUCUCCAUUGCCGCCGGUUCCCGCGUUGUCCUCCGUGACCCUCGCGAUGACCAGGCCCUCGCGAUCAUCACCGUCGACGACAUUUACCGCCCCGACAUGGUUAAGGAGGCCAUUCAGGUCUUCGGCGCCGACGACCCUGCCCACCCCGCUGUCGCCUACCUUCGCAACAAGGUCAACGAGUUCUACGUUGGUGGCAAAGUCCAGGCGAUCCAGCCCCCCACCCACUUUGACUACGUCGCUCUCCGCUACACCCCCGCUGAGCUUCGCGCUCACUUCAAGAAGCUCGCAUGGCGCAAGGUCGUCGCCUUCCAGACGCGCAACCCCAUGCACCGUGCUCACCGUGAGCUCACUGUCCGGGCUGCGCGCCAGCGCCAGGCGAACGUCCUCGUCCACCCCGUCGUUGGUCUCACCAAGCCCGGCGAUGUCGACCACUACACCCGUGUCCGUGUCUACGAGGCCAUCAUGGCCAAGUACCCCAACGGCAUGGGUCAGCUCGCCCUCCUCCCUCUCGCGAUGCGCAUGGCGGGUCCCCGUGAGGCGGUCUGGCACGCGAUCAUCCGCAAGAACUUCGGUACGACCCACUUCAUCGUCGAUGGUCCCUUCCAGCAGAUGACCUACCUCCCCUCGACCGACGAGUACCAGCCGGUCGACGAGGUCCCCAAGGGCGUCCAGACGCUCGACAUCUCCGGCACUGAGCUCCGCCGCCGCCUCAAGACCGGCGCGCCCAUCCCCGACUGGUUCUCGUACGACGCCGUCGUCAAGACUCUCCGCGACAGGGAGACGAUCGCGAAGGCGCUCCAGGUCACCCUCAACCAGCAGGGCGGCCGCUCCGUCUCCCUCCUCCUCGGCGACACCGUCCGGCCCGAGCUCGACACCCCCUUCUCCGCCACGGCUGAGGAGCGCGCGAAGAACCUGCAGCGGCUCACCUUCGUCGCCGCCGAGCUCGCGCGCGCCGGCGCCGCCGUCGUCCUCGCGCCCACCGUGGCGUCCCAGGCCGCGCGCGACGCGGUCAAGGCGACCGUGCUCUCCCAGGCGGGUGCGGGUGGCAACUUCUUCGCGAUCGACGUCGCGACGCCGAUUGAGCACUGCGAGGCUGAGGACCGCAAGGGUGUCUACAAGCGGGCCCGCGCCGGGGAGUUCCACGGCUUCGCGGGCGUCGACGAGACCUUCGAGCCGAUCGAGCGCCCCCAGCUCGUGGUCGACAUCACGAAGCAGAACGUGCCCGAGAUCGUGCACUCGGUGGUGCUCCUGCUCGAGACGGAGUCGCUGCUCUGA